GCAGAAGGAGGCGAUGAUAACCAACCUCACAAUUCAGCUCACAAUUUAGCUCCCAUCCCGAACCAAGGUGAUGUAGUCUCAGCUCGCCGCAAUGCAACAACAGUUUGGUGUUUUUCAGUUGGUUUUGGCUCAACUUUUAGCUCGAAAUAAUCUUGGUGAUCCCCUCAUUAAUCUACUCAACUCUACUCAACAACCUCUAGUUCAACAGCAAGAGCCCCAACCAGUUCAACAUGCUUCUGCCCUUAAUGAGCCUCAGGGUCAGUCUCAUGUGACCCCAGCUCAACAACCUCUACCUGACAAUGUCACACGACGUCUAGACAGCUUAGAAAAAAUGGUAGCCGAGCAACGAGGUGCUUCACCUCUUCACCAUAACACUACUUCAAUACCUCAUCCUCUGAACACCAACAUAACAUUGGAACUUUAUCCUACUGGUUUCAGGAUACCUCAGCUCGAGACAUAGGAUGGAACGAAGGACCCAGAUGAUCAUCUGUAUGCUUUUUACCCCUGUAUGCAGGCUCAAAUUGCCUCUAAUGCAUUGAUGUGUAAGAUCUUUCCUUCCACUCUCCGAGGCAAUGCUCGAAUGUG